GCCAUCGUGGAGCCGUACCAGACAUACGGGCGUGCGGCGGAACGCACGGGGCACAAGAAUAUCGCCCCGGUUCCUGCAUAAGUGCGCUGUGCGUGCGUUAAACAGCCGCUGUGUUACGGAGGGCGCGCAGCGCUUGGUGUGCGAGAGCGCGCGCCAUCUUGUCAACCGUUUCUGCAAAGUGAAAGUGCGCGCCUAAAUUAUCGUGAAGAUUGGCGGGGGUUUAAGUGCAGAAAUGAGCGGUUUAACACACUCAAAUGUUGGCCCUAUGUGUCCUCGUCCUUUCUGCGCACGAACGCUGCCGAACGAGCCGCAACUCGGUCUCAUUUCAGCGAGUUUUCGCGGCACGUCGACUGCGCGGCCGUCGCUCUUUGUUGGAUGUUUCGCUCUCCUCCUGCGGGUUUGUUUUCGGCUGGCUCGAGCCGGCGAGCGUGCGCAUGCGUGCCGUUCUCGCGCUCAUUUGCGCUUUAAUAUAGACGACGAAUACUGUAAACAUUUGUGUAGGUUAGAUGCGCGUUAUGUGGAGUCAGUCAUCUAAAAUACUGUAGUGUUGGGCUGUUGUGGACACGGUACCGUGAUAUUACAGACGGGUUCCAGCGCUGUACCAUAGUGUUGCCACAAUACCGUAGUUUUCGUUUCGGCGACAUACCGUGCCGUUAGGUGGCCAUGUUAUAAUGCUACUCUGCUUUUUCAUCGUGAUAUUACGUUACGGUGAUAUUACAGUAUGAGUUUUUCAUCAUAAAGUGGUAUUGCAAAAAUAGUUGAUUAUAAAUGAAAUGCCCUGACAAAAAUACUGUGGUGUCAGGUCGUAAUAUGCUACAAUUGCGCCUUUUGGACCGAGAUAUUUCAGUCUUAUUCCUUAGCGGUUAUCAUAUCCUUGAGCCAAAUUCCUAUGAUGAUGUAGUUGAGAGAACACCACAGUACUGUUGUAGUACUCUUGAGAAACAUGAUGUUUUCACAGUAAUUAUAUCCCAGUGUUCUGAUGGACAGUAGCUGGUGUUUGUUUGGAUCCGUUACACUGUUAAGAGUUUUCAAUAAAGAAAAUGAAAUGUUUGUCUUGGGAACACUGCAGAUCCAUGAAGUUUCACUUUCAUUAGAAGCUUAAGUUGCAUUAUUUUCAUGUUGAGCGUUUCUAUUUUCACAUUCACUUCAACUGUGUCCAGAGUCGACAUUUAUCUCAUACAUUUGUGAAGCUCACAUCUCUUGUUCUGGGGAAAUGUGUUUGUGGUCUCAGAGACGCCAGUGCAACAGGACAAAUGAGGAGCUAUGACGAGUGAAAACCACGAAAUCCUAACGGCAGAUCAGCCAUUGGUCAUGUCGCCCACCGGGUCCACAUCACAGGACGCGCCCUUAUCACCCUCACCCAGCAAACCCAUCCAAGAGCUGCCAGAUGAGCUGAUUCAGGCUGGAUGGUCGAAAUGUUGGAGUAAAAGAGAGAAUCGGCCAUAUUACUUUAACCGCUUCACUAACCAGUCUCUGUGGGAGAUGCCUGUCCUGGGUCAACAUGACGUCAUCUCGGAUCCUCUGGGCUUGAACGCGGCUCCUGCCUCCGGCGAGGCGGCGGCUGAUGCGGGACUCGGCAACGGCCAGCGUAAGAGACACUCGUCAGAAGAGAUGCCUCAGCCGGUUUCCAACAGUUUCAAGAGGCCAAGGGUUGAGAUUCCCGUCACUCCGACGACUCCCACAGUCCCCAUUUCUCCCAGCACACCAGGAGUCAAACCCUGGCUCUCCACCACAGAUGAUAAACAAGGCCAAUCCAGCGUGCCCGCACCUGCUCCCUAUCGACCUUCUGUUGUGUACUGGGACCUGGACAUUCAGACGAACGCUGUGAUUCGAGAGCGGGCUCCCGCUGACCACCUGCCCCCCCACCCUGAGAUGGAGCUUCAGAGAGCUCAGCUCACCACCAAACUUCGGCAGCAUUAUCACGAGCUGUGCUCACAGCGUGAGGGCAUCGAGCCCCCGCGGGAGUCCUUCAACCGCUGGCUUUUGGAGAGGAAGGUGGCGGAUAAAGGUUUGGAUCCGCUCUUGCCCAGCGAAUGUGAUCCGGUUAUUUCUCCUUCUAUGUUCCGAGAGAUCAUGAACGACAUCCCUAUCAGGCUGUCUCGCAUUAAAUAUAAAGAAGACGCCAGAAGACUCUUGUUCAAGUAUUCGGAGGCGGCCAAGAAAAUGAUCGACUCCAGAAACGCGACGCCGGAGAGUCGAAAGGUGGUGAAAUGGAACGUUGAGGACACGAUGAACUGGUUGAGAAGAGAUCACUCCGCGAGCAAAGAGGACUACAUGGAUCGUCUUGAGCAUUUGCGGAAGCAGUGUGGCCCUCACGUGACGGCCGUGGCGAAGGACUCCGUCGAGGGCAUCUGUUCAAAGAUUUAUCACAUCUCUGCUGAAUAUGUGCGCAGGAUCCGGCAGGCUCACCUCAAACUGCUGAAAGACUGCAACAUUUCAGUUGAAGGUGUGGAGAAGACGGAGGUUCAGGACCGGUUGGUGUAUUGUUAUCCCGUCAGAUUGUCCAUCCCGUCUCCUCCUCAACCCCGCGUUGAGCUGCACUUUGAGAACGACAUGGCCUGUCUACGCUACAAAGGAGAAAUGGUGAAGGUCAACCGUGGACAUUUCAGCAAACUGGAACUCCUGUAUCGAUACAGCUGCAUUGAUGACCCGAGGUUUGAAAAGUUCUUGUGUCGUGUUUGGUGCCUUAUUAAAAGAUACCAGGUGAUGUUCGGCUCAGGUGUGAACGAGGGCUCCGGCCUACAGGGGGCGCUUCCCGUCGCUGUUUUUGAGGCUCUCAAUAAACAGUUUGGCGUUACGUUCGAGUGCUUCGCUUCCCCUCUGAACUGUUACUUCAAGCAGUUCUGCUCUGCGUGUCCAGACAUCGACUGCUUCUUUGGGUCUCGAGGGCCGUUCCUCAGCUUCUCUCCGGCCAGCGGCUCGUUCGAGGCGAACCCUCCCUUCUGUGAGGAGCUCAUGGACACCAUGGUGAAACACUUUGAAGAUCUUCUGGAGCGCUCCAGCGAGCCGCUGUCCUUCAUCAUCUUCGUGCCGGAGUGGCGCAACCCGCCGACCCCCGCACUGACGCGGAUGGAGAGCAGUCGCUUCCGCCGGCACCAGAUGAACGUCCCUGCGUUCGAACACGAGUACCGCAGCGGCUCGCAGCACAUCUGCAAGAGAGACGAGAUGUACUACAAGGCCGUCCAUGGAACAGCCGUCAUUUUCCUACAAAAUAACGCUGGCUUUGCCAAAUGGGAGCCGACCACGGAGAGAAUCCAAGAGCUCCUGGUGGCAUAUAAUGUCUCGGGUCGUUCUUUACCGUCACCCGGUCCAUCUUCCAGCAGUACCGGAGACAAAGACUCAAAACCGGCCCAGGAACGCUCCUCGAGGAGUCAAGACAACAGUCCCGUGGACAAGACUGCUCCGGACACGACAAACAUUUAGCCCGCCGCUGCGUGACCGGCGUGUUGUAUGUAUGUAUGUAUGUAUGUAUGUAUGUUGAUGGGAAAGAGUCUAUGAUUGUAUGAGAGGUCAAAUAUUGCGCUGUUGUCUGGACAUUGACAUGUUCACGUGAGAUGGAGAAAGAUCCAUAGUUGGUUACUUUCUUUCGCCUCGAUUAUUUAAAAACAUUAGGUUGUUCUGUUGUGUUGGGUUUUAUGUUUGGUAACGUCUGUGUUGUAUUUUUAAGAGAUGGUAAAUGCAACCUAUAUAUUUGUUUCUAGUCUUUUUUUGGGCCUUUGUGUUGCACUCCAAAAUCAAAAGAGAAAAAUAUUUUCGUGUAAAGAGGAAUUAUUGGAGCAAAGAAGCAUUUUGGGGGUUUUUCUCAUUUAUUCAGGACGAUUAAGCUCAUUUUUUCCCCAAUUCUCUUUCCUGUAAUGCAUCCGGAUGUUUAUCUUUGAAAUAUUAUUCUAAUUCCCAACAUCUCAGAAGGGUUUCAUUGCUUUAAUACAGUAUUGUUUUACUGUAUUACUGUAAUGAAGUUUAUUUUCAUAAUAUAAUUUCUUAUUUAAGAGUGAAAUGUGACCUGAAACAUGUUUUAAAAGAGUGUAGUAAGAUUUACCUCGUGAAUUAUGAAGCUGUCCAGGUGUGUUGAGGGCCCGAUGCUUGUAUAUUCUAUUAUUUCAGAGGAUUCUGUCAGAAGAUGGCCGGCGAUCAGGCAGCUAUGUUUAAAAGCUUUUAUUAUAACGUGCAUUAGUUGUUCCCGUCGCAUUCGCCGGUUACGUCUUCAUGAUCUUCCCGUUCCUUUCUCUUCACCUCGAGAGUUCAUGUCAGGUCUUUCUUCAUAGCAGAAUAUAUAAGUGGGAAAAAGGCCAGUCAAUCUAGAUUUCACUUCAUUUACAUUUUGUUUCUACAAUAUGUACAGAACACAAAAGCAAAUGUGUUGUCUGUUAGAAUGUUGUACCUUAAUUGCGUAUGUUCCCUGUCCAGGUCUGUUGUACCUUAUAUUCGGUCACAUCAGUUUCAGGUGUAGCGAGAGGAAAAAGUCCACUUUCUUGAUAAAUGAAAUGAAAGAGAGAAAAAACGUUUAACUGGAUCAUAAAAGCGUUAUUCCACAUUGUUGUGGUUAGAAUCUGGUUUUAUUAAAUGGAUCAGCUUUGAAAAAUGGUGUAAACUCAAAAUUGUUUCUCCAGCGAGUCUACCUCUUAUUCUGGGCGUGAGAGCAGCGAUAUCUGGAAAAUGAGACAGAAAAGUGAACUAAGAAUUGCUUUCUAUUGCCUUGACGUCAUGGUUCUGUAUGUGUGAAAAGUGCUUUUCUUUUGGUUUUGUACUCGCAUCAUAAAAAUGUGUUUACAGGGGAACGACACACAAUUUUUAUCACUGGGCAGCGUUUUGAAUGUACAUUUUAAAAAAAGAACAGAGUUCUGGAUGAUUCAUUGAUUUAUUGUGAUUAUUCACACUACAGCGGUGGAUAUUUUCUUGCCAUGAUAAAACUCUUUCGUAUAUUCAUAUAUUAUCACUUUAUGAUACCCAAUCACUUUCAUCUGUAUAUAUAUAACUAUAGAUUUGUGUUUUCACUGGACUACAUUGUCAGGGUUUUAUGUCAAGUUUAAAACCAUUCCAGUGGUUUAACUCGUAAAAUAACCCGGUUACAAAAUCCAUUGAUACUGUUUGUUUGAGAAUUGGGCACUUGUUGGAUUUGUUUGAUCCUGGAGUGUUUUCUGUCACCAGCAAAACUGUAAAUGUUGUACAAAACAUGGGUAUGAAGUUUGUUAUUUUCUUAAACGGCUGUUUAUUUGAAAAGAAGCAAGGCGUGUUUUUUCCAUGGCUUUUUUUAUUUAACAUUUUGGUUCGAAAUGACUGUUUAUGAACUGUAGAAUUUAUGAAAUAGAAGUUGUUUUAAACUAAACCAAAGUGUUAUUAAAAGAGGUGGAAUUUAUUGUAUAUCUUAACGUAGAAUCGUGUACAAUUGCAUCAGUAAUGCAUAAGGUGUAACCAGCAAAACAUCCAUUUAUUUCUACGUUUAUUUUUAUAAUUCUCUUUCGUUCUUUGUUUUCUUACAAAAGUAUGUUUGGGUUUUUAUUUUGCAUGACCUGAUAUUUUUCAAUACAAAAAAAGAACCUAUAGCCUAUAAAUUGUACAGAUCUGUAUUGUUUAAUAACCUGUAAGCUUCGCCAUAUUGGGCUUUUAACCUCUUUGCAUUUAUCAGUCAUGUUGAUUGAUAUAUAUUUGGUUGCCUUUGCGUUUGUUGAUUCAUUUGUUGUCUAAAAUGCCAUGAAUGUCUCCCCUGUAUCUUAUUCUGAUAAAGUCAUAGAUUGAGUGAAUGUAAAUAAUGUCUGUGCUUAUAUUAUUGUUUCUUCUCUCUGUAUAUUAUCAGUGUUGUGGCAUUUCUCUUCACCUGAAGUGGUAUAAAGAUUUUCCUCUAAACCAGAAAAGCUCUCAGUAAAAUAUUAAAACCAUG